UCACCGGAAACGGAAAUGUCUCGUUUGUUUCUUGUUGGGGUUGUGAAUGAAACGAGCUAACAGCCAUUAGCCUGUAUCCUGUUAGCUUAGCCUGGAUCUCGUUAGCCUGGAUCAUUUUAGCUUAGCCUGGAGCCUGUUAGCUUAGCCUGGAUCCCGUUAGCUUAGCCUGGAUCCCAUUAGCCUGGACACUGUUAGCUUAGCCUGGAUCCCGUUAGCAUGGACACCUGUUAGCCUAGCCUGGAUCCCUGUUAGCUUAGACUGGAGCCUGUUAGCUUAGCCUGGAUCCCGUUAGCCUGGGUUGUUUGCAGCCCGGCUCACGGCUCUCAUGUAGCCGCCUUCCACACACAAGCUGCCGGGUUUCCACAAACGUCUCACCUGUGGCUUUAAGGCGACGUCAUCACAGCUGUCCAAUCAGCACCAGCCGAACAGCCGUGGAGCUGCUGCUGGUUCCGAGGAUGAUCCAGUUCGUGCUGAUGGUGAACCGGCAGGGCCAGACCCGCCUGUCCCGGUACUACACGCCCGUGGAGCUGACCAGGAGGGCGGCGCUAGAGGCCGACGUGGUGCGCUGCUGCCUGAGCCGCAGGAAGGAGCAGUGCUCGUUCGUGGACUACAAAGACUUCAAGCUGGUUUACCGUCAGUACGCGGCGCUGUACAUCGUGGUCGCGGUCACGGACGCCGAGAACGAGCUCUCUGUCUACGAGCUGGUCCACAACUUUGUGGAGGUUCUGGAUAAAUAUUUCAGUCGAGUGAGUGAACUGGACAUCAUGUUCAACCUGGACCGGGUCCACGUCAUCCUGGACGAGAUGAUCCAGAACGGAAACAUCGUGGAGACCAACAAGAGCCGGAUCCUGGCGCCGCUCACCGCCCUGGACAAGAUGGCCGACAGCUGAGGCUCCGCCUCCGUCUGUGAGCAAACCAAACGUGUCCCAUCUGCUAACAGGGAGGAGGUGCAGUCUAGGACCUGUGCUGCUGACUGCCACCAGGGGGCGAUCCAGAGGAUUGGGCACAGCCAUGUCGUCAAUCUUCAUCUACGUCUGUGUUCCGAGUCGUUUCAUCUGUCAUCACGUUGAGAACUUCUCUUCAGAUCACAUGACUCUGAACUGAAGGAAAUCGAACCUUCGACGAUUCUCUGAAUUAAAAAUGUACUGAUCUUGAUCUUUUGCUAAUAAAUCCGACUGAGCUUCUGGAUCACGAUCUGAGGAUUCAUCAGUUCACGUCAAACCCAGGUGGUGAAGCGUUAAAUCAUAGGAUCGAUCAUUAUCAGGCCUCACAUGACGAGUGUGACCACCAGGUGGCGCUCUGGAGCUGCUUCCAGGUCUGAACCACUCAGUGUUUCUCAUGUUGAGUUCAGGGUGCGAUCCCAGCGUUGGAAAGACGACAGUUCCCUCCACAAACUACAGGACUCCAUCGUUACUUCAUACUUUGCAAACAUUUUAAUGAUUAUUUUUUUGGAGCAUACACAUUUGAAAAUAUCUGUUUACCUCAAACUGCAACUUGAGUUAAAUAAAUGUUUAUAAUAUACAAAGAAAA